AUGGCGGGUGAUAAACCAGGACCAGGGGCCAUCCAGGGGGCCCAACCAGGAGCAAAAGGGGAUGAGAUCAGGGACACAACUGGAGACAAGCUACAACAUGCAUUCGAGUGGUCCAUCCAGGAAGCAUGGCUGGAGACCGGCACUCCUGUGGUGCCACUUGGGCAGAUUAUCAAUUCGGUGGUAUUGCUGAUUCUGCUGAGCGCCCUGACCGAUCCUGACCAGUACCACUUAACCAGUGCCGAAUUAGGAGGUGAAUUUGAAUUUAUGGAUGAUGCCAAUAUGUGCAUUGCCACAGCAAUUUCUCUUCUUAUGAUUCUGAUCUGUGCAAUGGCUACAUAUGGCGCAUAUAAGCAACAUGCGGCUUGGAUCAUCCCUUUCUUCUGUUACCAGAUCUUUGACUUUGCUCUCAACACGUUGGUUGCCAUCAGCGUACUCGUCUAUCCCAGCACAAUUCAGGACUACCUCCGCCAACUGGUAAAUCACUUGACGUUCACAAGCCUUUGGGGACUUCGGGGGAAAACACUGUGCAAGAUUAUGUCUGUAAACCCUACGUGUCUGGUUGUCAUUAUCCUCCUUUUCAUAAGUAUCAUUUUGGCUUUUAAGGGUUACUUGAUAAGCUGCGUGUGGAACUGUUACCGAUACAUUAAUGGCAGAAACAACUCGGAUGUGUUGGUGUAUAUUACCACCAAUGACACUGCGGUCCUGUUGCCACCAUAUGAUGAUCCUGUGAACGGAGGUGCUAAAGAUCCACCACCACCUUAUGUGUCAGCAUAA